GCUCAAAACAGUUUCGCCGCAGAUCUCAACCGAAUCAGAGGUGCAAUCGCAUAAUUCCCACACAAAAUAUAUACAAAUAUAAUAACUAUCCAAUUAUUAAAUAGUUGCUAACAAGCUUUAAACAUGUUGCGACUUUUGGCUACCCUGGCUCUGUGUGCCACCAUUUGCUCUGCCGCCCAGACGCGCAACCUGCCGAUACAGGCCAUCGCCUAUGUGAGCGGACCGGAGGUCAAGGGCAAUGUUACUUUCACCCAAAACGAUUGUGGCCAGAAUGUCCAUGUCCGCAUCCAAUUGGAGGGCCUCAAGGAGGGCAAGCAUGGCUUCCACAUUCACGAGAAGGGAGAUCUGAGCAACGGCUGCACCAGCAUGGGUGGUCACUACAAUCCCGACAAGGUGGAUCAUGGAGCUCCCAGCGAUAAUGUCCGUCAUGUCGGUGAUCUGGGCAAUCUGGAUGUGAACUCCACUGGCAAGGUCGACAUUACUUACACGGAUACUGUGAUUACCCUUACUGGCGUUCGCACUAUCAUUGGUCGCGGCGUUGUCGUCCACGAAGAUGAAGAUGAUCUGGGUCUGGGCAACCACACGGAUUCCAAGAAGACUGGCAACGCAGGUGGACGUAUUGCCUGCGGUGUUAUUGGUAUCAACUCGGAUGUCGACGAGUGGCCGUGUCGGACAGGUGGCGCCGGUGUCCUGCGCAACUCCCUUUCCAUUCUGACCGUUGUAGUAGCUCUCUUUUUGGCCAGCAGCACCAACUAACCCAGCAUUCUGCAUCCGGAUUGGAUCCAACACGGAUUGUGGCAUGUGGCAUGUGGGACUGUCCAUCUUAGUGAUCCGCAUCCGCACUCUCACCACCUCAGAACUUAACACACACCCACAUGUGAUUAAAAACACACCCAAAACUCACACCCACACUUAAGUAAUUAUAAAACGCCAGCAAAGAUCAGCAUUAUAUUAUUUUUUGAACAAGAUUGAUAAUAAAAUUUGUUAAAUAUA